UUUUUUUCUAUCGUUAUUUAUUGCUUCCGUAGAUAGUUUUUUUCGUCCAUAUUUACUCCUCUGUUCGUUUUAAACUGCAAGAACGGCCUAUAGGUCGAAUGCAAUUAGUUUAAAUAAAAACAAACAGUUAGUCUGAGCGCUACAACAGACUUCCAAUAGUUGUAAUAUUCGGCAUUGCAAAUGCUACGGUGAUUUUAAGGAGCAAAACUGCAGAUAGUGACUUCCCCUUUGCCAAACAGAUUUAAAGCUUUGGAUGGGCUGAGCGUUGUUUGCUGCUGACUUCCUCGACAUUACAGGCAAAUCAAGGAGAAGAAGCAUUGCAUCCUUUGCAAACGAUUGGUUGUUUUCCCUGCUCUCAAUCUCUCUCUAUUGAUAACUUUGGAUUAUGGAAAGAAUGACAACUUGAUGAGAUUACUAUAUGCAAUUACUCAGGGAAAUCUUGAUCAGCUAAUGGGAGAAGAAACCGAAAAACUGGAGGCGGUAAAGAGCAUUUGUAAUAUCACUGAAAUUCAGCUCCAAAAAGUAAAAAAAUGCCUGGAACAAAGAAGCAAAGUUUCAAACAAAAAAGCAUUAGGCUAUGUGCGACACUUUGUCGUUUUUACGGCAAGGAAAAACUGUGAAGCUAUUUAAAUAACUCCAGUUGAAGAAACCCCUCCUUUAGUAUAUCUAAACAAAAAAAGGUCUGCAAGCGCUCUAGAGUCUGGAAACGAACUUGAUACGGAGCUAUACGAAUUUGUUCAACGUUUCAAAAGCGGAAAAACAGAUAGGAUUAGUAGGAAGAAAUGCUUUGAGAGAAAGCCAGUUAGAAA